AUGGUUAUAAUGAAUGAUAUUCAAGACAUAUUUGAUAUUGACAAGAAUAUUGAAUCAAUUAACAAUCAACGAAAGCAAUUAUCUAGCAAAUUAACAAACAAUGAGAAACUUAUACAAAUACUUUCAAAACAAACUCCAAACUUUAAAUCUAUCGCAGAUGAUCUGAUUGAAAAUAUUCAUCAACUAUCUGAUGUCGAUCACCUUAAACAAAAGUAUGGGGAAUUACAAAUAUUAGAUAUAAUUGAAAGCAAAUUGAUAGAAAAGUUAGCUUAUGAAUCAAAUAUCAAAGAAUUAAAACAAGUGGAAAAUGAUAUCGAUGAAAUUAUUGCUUCUGACUUAGGAAAGACAUCUUACGAAAACUUAUCUGGUAUCCAUAACAAUAUAAAGAACAUAUUAUCUGAGGGACAUAUUACAGAAAAUGAACCUGUGAUAAAAGCUAUUUUUAAUAAAUUUGAUCAAUUACUCUUGAGUCCGUUUUGCGAAAGACAAUAUGAAUGUUUGAACCAACUGUUACUCAACUCUAAAUGGGAUACAAACAAGUUUUUAUUGUCUGAUAACACUUCUUUAAAUAAUUUACGCUCCAGAUCUUCAAAUCUUUAUAAACUGGAUUUAUUAUACUUGCAAAAAGAAAAUCGACAAUUCUGGACUUUUAAAUCUUUAGCAACAAAUUUCCAAAUCAGAUUCACCUAUCAUUUCCAUAAUUCUAACUCAAAAGAUAUUGCUGUUUAUUUCAGAUUUUUAAAUGAUUACUUAAAUGCUAAUCUUAAUAAAUGCAUCACUCUUUUUCAAGACAAUGAUGUUGGUUUGACAAAAGAAUUAUUACACAAAGAAUUUAUCAAUCAUAUAUUACAACCUAUGAGAGAUAGAAUUAAUAAUACUUUAUCAAAUAAUAAUUUAAACUCACUAAUCACAUUAAUCUCUCAAAUUAUUUACACUGAUAAAAAUUUAAUCAAAACUUUCCAUUAUCAUGGUAAUGGUUUAGUAUCCCUUAUCUCAGAUAAAUUUUGGGAUAUUUGGAUAAAUUAUGAAAUUAAAACUAUAAUUAAUCAAUAUCAUGUAAUCACCGAGAACCCAAAGGAUUUGAUCAAAUCAGGAUACAAUUUUAUUAAACUUUUAGAUAAAGUAUACGAUUAUUUUAAACCUUUUUAUGAGCUGGAUUUUGAACCGCUUUUAAAAUAUAAAUUGAAAACAUGUUCAGAAAUAUAUUUAGAUUUAUCUUCCAGAUAUAUGGACUAUAUUUUAACUACUAAUUCAUUGCCUGAUAAAUAUUCAAAAGAAGAAGAAUUGUACCAAACUAUCAGUAAAUUGGAAUUAUUCAAUAUUGUUUACAAUCAAUUGAAUGAGUUAUCCAAUCAAAGUAUAUUCAUUAAACUGACUCAAACUAUAAACGAAACAGAAUCAAAGGAAUACAUCUCCGUAUUUCAGGAUAUUUUAUCAAAUUAUAGAGAGAAUAUGUUAAUGGAUUUACCAAAAGCUGUUAUUCACAGAACCCAAAAAUUGUUGAAAGAUUCGUUACAAACUUACUUCAAAAUUGGCAUAUGGACAUUGAAUGAAUUAACUGAGGAGGCUAUAAGACCUGAAAUAACAAACACAGUGAAUAUGUUAAGACAAAUUAUAACAAAAUUGGAAAAUUCAGAUAUCCCUCCUGCUAUUUUAUUCAAUAUUAAGAAUGAACUAUUAAAUAUUAUGAUAAAUUAUUUUAUUGAAUCAAUACUAAAAUUAAAUAAAUUUAACAGAAUGGGGCUCUACCAAUUAAAAAUAGAUUUCAGAUCUGUUAAAGAGACUUUAAAUCUUUUAUGUGAUUUCCAAAACAAACAAGAGGUCUUUUUUUCUGAAAUAAUGUCCAUUAUUGAUCUAAAGUAUAAUGAUGAAUAUGUUGAAUUCACUAACUCUUCGUACAUUAAAAAAGGUGAUUUUAAUCAACUUAGAAAAAGGCUUCAUAUCAUGCAACUAACAGACAGUGAUAUCCAAGAUGCAUUAUUUAGAAUUGCAUACGGUAAUAUUAUAUGA